CAGAGCAGUAACAACACGCACCUUAUCAGUUGAAUCAUAUAGUUCAAAAACCUCGGUUACAGCCACCGCAGGCAGUCCCGUGGACGACGACGACGACGACAUGCCAACCAAAUAUUACUCAGUGUACAGUCACCGGUACAUGAUCAGCAGGAAUUUUACUAGAAAAAAUAAGAGAAAGGACAAUUUGGGACUGUUGCCGGUUGUACGUGACUUGAGAAACGGGGCCGGCGAUAGCGCAAGUGAUCAUGGUAACAACAGAACGAGAAAGGACGAUUCGCUCUGCGACAUCCUGUCGAGUCCGUCAUUCCGAUUCGUUAUCUGCUUGAUCAUCGUAAUGGUUGUUUUACUAUACAAGUCGGUUUACAUGGAUUAUUUCCACUUGAAGAAUGAAAAAUCUUCCAUAUCGAUCACGAAGACUUCAUGGAACUCUACUAAAACGUUAUAUGGAUAUGAUGACGGAAAACCAACAAUUGAAGUAAUCGAGAUUUUACCAAAUUGUGGUUUACAAACCAUUUGCUCAGAUAAUGCUUUUCCAAUUCAUAUAUAUACAGGAAAAAAUAAAACAGAUUUUCCGAGGUUGUGUAUCAUGGGAAAAUACGUCAUGUCAUUCAACCGAACUGCAGGUGGUCGUGGCAUCAACGUAGCCGUGAUAGAGUCAACUACAUACACCAUCAUGGAUGUUAAAAACUUUGAUACGUAUGAGUAUAAUAGUUCUAAUUUAGAUGAAUGGCUUGAUCACAUGGUUAAAGUUGGGGAUGUUGUAAUAUUUUUUACAUUUGACGAGGCAUCUAAAAAAUUAACAAAAAACACAAGAAAUGUUUUAUACAAUAUGGGGAGUGGGAAAAUUCAAGACUUAUGGUACAGAUGUCAAUGGUUUAUGGUGACACAAAAAGGAAUUCAAGGCAUCACGCCGUAUGAAAAAAUCACAUAUUCGCAUAAGAACAAUUGGGCAGAUGUAUUAGAUGAAAAAUUAUGUGUUCCAUUUCAAAUAACAGGAAACCCAAUUGUAUCUGACGAUUUGUCCAAUCAUCAACUGUCGUUUUGUAAUGCUACAUUUGAUGAGUACACCGAGUAUUGCAAUGAAAGUAAUAAUGAACACACCGGAAGCGUUAAUUACGGUUACACGAGAAUCGAGUCCCGAGAAAGUCACCGAUCAACGCCUAGUCGAUUGCUUGACCGAACGGAAUAAACGGGCUAAUCGCCACCGAGUUGUUGUAUAAGUAUUAUAUUAUACCCAAUAUAUUAUGUUAUCGAUUAUCGAUACCAGUAGCGGUUCCAGAGGUUGUUCAAGGGUGAUGGGAGGGAGCAGAUUUUCAAAAAAUAUUUUUACGAUAUAUUAGUAACGACCCUAAUAAAAUUCGCAGCACAACCAUCACCGACACGUAUGAAAUACCUAUAUCCAACAAAUUUGUUAACAAACCUAAUGUUGUUGGAUUUUUUCCGGUCUUUGUGUUAGACUUUGUUAAAGCUGUUAGAGCCUUAGACUGUACUUUUGUGCUGCCAACUAUACUCCAACAGCACAACUAUAUGGUUGUGCUGUAAACGUUAUGAGGGUUUGUAUAAUGUGAAAUUCUAUUGUCGGCAAACAAGACUAUACUAUAUAUUAUAGCUUAUAAGUUUCAACAAUAUAUUGUAACUGCAUAUAAUUAAAAAGUGUAGAAUAUUAGAAACGUGUAAAGCGUUGAUUAGGUUACAUCCCUAUUCCAUACGUAGGUGUAUACUGUAUAUAUAUAUAUUUUAUAUAUAUUUAUUUAUUUUAUAUAUUAUUACUAUUAUAGGUAUGUGUGACGUGCAAAUACAAUAAUACUAUAUAGGUUAUUUUUUCAUUGUCGAAUAAAAGUAGUAGCGAGCUUGAUCUAAUAUUAUAAUUUUAUCACGGUACACGAAAUUUAGAUUUCAUAUUAUUAUAUUAUAUUAUAAUAUUCAACAUGUGUCCCGUGCUACUGCAGUAGCAGCCUGCGGUCUGCGUAUACAACGGGCCGUCGAUCACGGAGGCCACUCGACGAUUAAUCAAACGAUCGCCCUUUCGACGACCCUUUAUCUCUUUCUUUCUCUCCCCGUUUUUUUUUCCUGUGGGCGCGUUAAACGAUUUCACACGGGCCAAGUUUUCUGAAUAAGACACCUAUAAAAGUAAAUUACAAACAGGAUACACACCGAAUCCGAAGAUAAUCGGACAAAAAUGUGGGUAGACUGCCCGAAGUGACAUUGUAAUACAAUGCAUAAUAUGUAAAAUGUGGUGUGCAAAACCCCCCGAAAUUAUAGUGCCUUUUAAACGCUUUAUUACGGCGGAUGCCAGAUUUAACUGCAUUUUUUCUACGUAAAAUGUCUCUAACCACAGUUGUCGUUGGGGGGUUAAUGUGCGACGGGGCAUUGUGCAUAUUAUCAAAUGUCAAGUAUAAUUUACUCAUGUUCCAUCCAUAACUAAUUCUUGAAAAAAUUACCCGUAUACACGUACGCAUGUAUAGGUACUAGGUAGGUACCUACAGUAUAUACGACACAAAUUAAUAUUAAUUUUUCAUCAGUUUGUAUAUUAUGCUAAUGUUUUUUAAUACGAACUUUGAUACGAUCCGAAAAUGCAGUGCUAUAUACUGUUAUAAUAUACCCACAAAGAGUAACUUUGUAACUAAAAAUAAUUAUUAAAAAAUGUUUUUACUUAAAUAAAAAAAAAUUUUAAAAGAGUUGGUUGUUAAAAACGUUUAGAAAUGUUUACCUAUACCUACCUCAAUUUCUCGUGAACAAUAUAACGCUUUAAAAGUUCGGUAUACCUAUGUAUGUAUAAUAAUAGUAAAUCGAUUUAUAUAAUAUACCUAAGAGACUGUAUGUUUAAUGACGAUAAUAAUGUGUUAAAUAGAAAAUUUAUUUUGUUAUUUUGUUUUUUUCCUUGCACAAUCCCAAGGAAUAAUAUAUACGUUCUUAAUUAUAUACGCAGUAGUACAAUACCUACCUAUAAGUACGAUUUGUGUUAUAUUUAAAAAUGUAUAACUAUAUUAGGUAGCUGGUAGGUGGGUACUAAAAUUACUUAUAAAGUAUAAUUUGUCUUGCUAUAUAUUACAAUGCUAUAAUAUUUAAAAUAUAUUUAUUAUAACUUUAAGUAUUGAAGUAUUCUGCACGUUUUAUUAUGUGUUUACGGAUACCUAAUGGUUUUGAAACUUAUCAAGUAAUGUUAUGCAAAUUGAAACCUCUGUUAAAAAUAUAUAAAUGAAUAAAAUAAGUAUUCUAGCAUAAUUUGUUCAAAUGUUUAUAUUUAUAAUUUUAAUUUAUUAAUAAAUUGUUAAACAAUAUUUAUUAUUUCAGAAUAUUGGAUUAAUUUUUUCUUUCCUCUAAUUCAAAUAGAGUGAUAAUAUAAUAUUAUCUAUCUGUUAUAUUAUUAUUAUGUGUUUAUUCGUACAAAUAUUCUUUUAAAAGUACUAUUAUAAUUUAACAUCAUAGUUGGAUUAGUGGAAUAUUUACAGGAAGGGUUUGAACCCGUCGAUAUUUAUGAAUGUACAUUGUACACCAUGUUAACUUUUGUAUGAAUUUGCGUGAACGCGUUUUGUCUACGUAUUGCGCGUGGGCCAGAGAGAAAGAAAACAAACAGUACGCUGACAUACUCUUAACAGAUAUUAUGUUGUAUAUAUAGCUUGUAUUGUAUACUUAUAACUUAAAAGUUAAUAUUAACUUAAAUAAUACUUUGGUUUGUCCUCAAGCAUAAUUUCAUUGUAACUCAACUCUUAUAUGGAUCGUUAUACCUAUUCACAACCCUGUCUUCAAUACGUAUUUGUCUUUUGUUGUCUGCAUUUCCCGCAAUCUUAUCCUCCACAUACAUUCAACAGUAGGUAUUCUAGUCAAUAAAUUUUGACUCAAACGUUACAUUUCAUCGGAUUCGCUUUGGCAUAGUGUUCACGACGAGACUACUGAAUUUCUGACGCAUCCAGUAUCAUACUCCAGGUUUGUUCAUAUUUAUUUCAUUCAUUGUGUCAUUAAAAUUCCAUCUUCUGUAGUUCGUCGUACACUAGUCUACGUUUCGUCUCUAGAAUCAAAAAUGCAGAAUUAUUACCACCGAUAUUGUAGUUUCAUUGCCUUAGAAAUCCUUUGGUUUUAUCUUUUGUAUUCUCGGCUAUACAAUUUCAGUCAUUAAAUUAUUCCAUCUCUCGUCUUAUAUAUGCGUGACAUAUUUACUUUAUGACAACAUAUAUUAAAUCUUCAUACUGGUAACCCGUCCCGUCAAAGACAAAAUGUAAUGCUUUUGUUACCAAUCCUAGUGACCUUGUCUAUCGCCAUUCCGCAUUCGUCAUUUGUCAUGAUGCUUGUUGUAAGUUUUCCAACAAUUUUUUCCUAAAACUCUACGAGUAAAUACAACUGUAAUAUAUAGGUACUUUCCGUUGUCUAUCCAUAAUAAAGUAUGUAUACUUAUUGUUAUAAAAAAUAUUUUUGUCUAUUUUUUGUAUUUUUAUAGUAAUCAUAGUUUUUAUAUUUAGUAAAUACAAAAUAUAUAUAUGAACAAUUUUAAUUCCACUAAAAUAUUUUAUUUAUUAAAACAAAUAAAAAAUUUUAACU